AUGCUUACCAUUUUAGUACAUAGAAUUCCAAAAUUCACUCAGACAGUAUUCACCUUCGAAACCAAGUUUUCUAAAUGGAUCAAUGGAAGUCUGAUUGGUAGACUUUCUCUGAGUGAUGAAAACUCCUCCUUAGCAUCAUGUGGAAGUGUUCAAUUCAAUAUUGUACCUGGUUCAAACUACUUACCAGUAGCUAUCGAUGGAACAACUGGUAUUUUGAAAGUAAUUGAAAGUGAUUAUGCAACAAUGAAGAAUAAUCACAUCAUCACUUUUCAAGUGACAGUUAGGAAUGCAAAUACUUCACUUAAUAUAUCUGAUGAUGCAACGGUCAACAUUCUAAUUGAUGGAAAGUAUUCUGAAGAAGAAACAGAAAGUGAAAUCACUGCAGUCAAGAGGGGCUUCAUAGUUCCACCGAAUACUAUCAAUGUCACAUUUUCCAGAGUAUACAUCCAGAAUAAUCGAAAUUAUUGUCUAUUCGAUACAUGGUUUAUUGAUUCGGUAAUUGUCCUUCCACCUGGAAAUAAUAGUUUGAUCAUGAAAUUUUCUGGUCCGUCUCUAAAUAAUGUCUAUUACGGAUAUAUACAAUAUUUGUUUGCUUACUACAACGGUUCAAAUAUAGCAAAUAAUUAUCCUGUGAAGUUUAGUAAUCUCACAUACUUGAACAAUAGUUCCUCGUCUUCGGGGUUCACAAUGACAAGUCAGAUAAAUGUUUCAUCCGCUCCUGCCAAUGAUUCAAAUGACUUCAGUAUUAGGAUGCGAUUCCAAGUUGGUCUUUUUCCUCAAAUGUCGAUUCCACCGAUGGGUACCAAUUUAACAGUUAGAAUGGAGGCAUUGUUGACUCCAAAGAUUACCGUAGAUAUUCCCAUGAGAGUUUCCUCGAACUGUCCGAUUCAAUAUGAUUCAGUUAACUUUACCAAGUGCCCACCGCAAGUGGAAGUAGGUGGGGUUUAUGGGUAUUCUGUGGACUACUUUAUAAGCAGACCCAUUGGCGAUUACGUGUUCACGUUCACUACUGAUGAAGUUAGUACUUCGAUUGGACAUAUAUCUUUGACGCUACCUACAACAUUCUCUACAUACCCAGAAGGUUACAAAAUAGAUACGCAACAAUUCGUUGGUGGUAACUUCGCACUGACUACCAUUGGCUACGUUAGCGUUUCAAAUCUACAAAAUCCAGGUGUUUAUGACACUACUUUGCCAAUGAUGAAUCGAUCAGUUCGUCUAACAGUUUUUAUCCAGAUAUAUAAACCAAGUUUGGCAUCCGUUAAGUUUGAAGCAAAAAUCUCACCAUUAGGUAAGAAUUCUACAGUGAAUUUUUGUGAGAGCCAAGUCAAAGCAUUCACAGGUUCUAAUUUGCUUGAUAAAAGUAACUUGACAUUAAAGGAUACCUCAAUCGUGAAUCAAGUUGAAAAGUUGCAAUUCUUUAAUGUUGAACUGAGUAUUCUACCUUCUACGGCAGCACCUUAUAGUAUUUUUAUAGGUAAUACUGGUAAACUAAAGAUGGAACCUUGUUCCGUGGAUUACUUGUUAACAGAAAAUAACUCAACUAAGAACGUCGAUAAAACUCCUGUAGUUACUAUUGAAAAAGUCGAACCACGAAAUUCACAACCAACAGUAAACUUUAGUACAAUUGUAGAAGUUCGAGUGAAAUUCGUUAAAGACUUUGUCUACAUGCCGAUAACUUUGCAACUACAAGUAAAUUCAAAUGAAGCAAAUAUAAUCAAACAGAGUAUUCAAACAAUUGGAUAUCUAUUAAAUACUGUGGCACCUGUGAGCUCUGUUUCUUCGGUAAAACCUAAUUUGGCUACAUUGCAAAUAAAUUCGGUGUACUUCAAUGAAUCAUGUACAGAUGCUCAGUGUGAUAUUGCAAUGCGUUAUUGGAUAAUUCCAAUUAUCACGAAGCCUUUAGUAAUCACAUCAACAUUUACCUCUGGUGUAUCCAGUUUUACGAAAACAUUAACUAUUACUCCACGAGAUAACUACUCUACUGUGUUGUCAUCAAGUCAGGUUCCAGGAGUUGAUCUAACUUCUAUUGAUUCAAAAACAGUCAAAAAUCAAGUUAUACCGAACUAUUUAACAUCACUGAAGUUAACGCUAUCUCUGAAACCAAAUGUAUGGCAGUCGAUAUAUUUCCAACUUUAUGCUCCAGGUGCCUACCAAGAAUACAUAUUAGUCAAGCCAACAAUGCUAAGCCAAUCAACAUCAUUGCCAUAUGUCAGCUCAGUUUCGAACUCUUUGGAAAAUAUGGUUUAUAUCAGUAUAGACAAAGCUUAUUACGAAGGAAUUGCAACCGAUCAAACGACUUCGGCAGCAAAUCAGUUGACUUACUAUAUCCCAAUGUUCACUGCAAAUUCUGUCAGACCACUGGUCAAUUUCACUUACAAUCUGACAGUUAAUUCAAUCUCUAUAUUUGGUAAUUUCAUAUUUACUACCACCACUCCAGCAGCAUUUACUACAACUCUUACAAAUUCUUGGAGUUUAGUUUCUCCAAGUUCCGCUGAUGCAUAUAAACAAAUGUGUGCUGGAGGACCGUUUGAAUUUACAUUGAGUAUGUGUCCGGUUGAAAGACGUUGUUCAUUCUUUACAUAUUGGAUCAACAGAAUUGUGAAUGGUAUUGCAGCUCUUAAUGUUACAAAAGUAGCUGUAUAUUACAGUGGUUUAGAUGUGUGGUUAUCAACCUCGUUCUCCUUAAAUUUGACAUCUGAUCGUAGUUAUGUGAGAGUGGAUUACGGCCCAUCAUGCCUCAAUAAUCAAAAUUCUUAUUGUGUAAGUCUACAAAAUAGUACGGUAAGAGUACCCUUAAUGCGAAACACUCUCAGUCUUUCAGUGGAUAUCCGGUUGAGUGAUAGUAAAAUUGUAGAAAACGGAACUGGUUGGCCGUUGCAAAUCACUGGUCGAUUCAAUGCUGUCACUAAUAUUAGCAAAAUAUCUGUAUAUUGUAUAAGAACAGGGUCAGAAAAACCAUCAAUUCAGGUUGUACUAUCUCAACUGUCAUCGUUCACAUUCAGUGAUUAUCCUGAUAGAGAUGUGGUGUAUCUUCAGACAACCGUUCAAAUGAUGAAUGGUACCGGAUUGGAAUGUGAAAGACAAUCGAUAAUUUUCUAUCUCAGUCCAGAAAUAAAAUCAAUCAGUGUAGUUAAUCAAACAGGCAACAUAGAUAAUGUAACAUUGAAAACUCCUUUAAACCCAGUAUCUAAAUCAGUUCAGUUCAUAUCUUAUUUUGAUAAGACAAUGUCAGAUAUGUUUCGACUGAUUUCUUUUCGAUUCUCAGAUGUCGGACCAUAUGUUGAACAGAUUAUAGCGUACACAAAUCCACUUGGCAUAUUGUUCGGUUUGGGAGCAAAUGGUGGAGGUGUAAUAAUGAGUAAGGAUUUGGGUAAAACAUGGAUUUCAAUCAACUCAUUCAUGUAUCAAAGAACUUUGAAUACGUCAACUGAAAUCAUUACAGCAAGUGUCAUACCAUGGAUUUCAUCAACUGGAUCAAUUGACAAUACACUGUCUGAGUCAUUUUGCAAGAUGCGAGUGGCUAAUCAAUGGAAUGUAUGCAUCAACGCAAUUUAUGCAAAUGAACUUCUAUUGGCAGACUGGACUAACACCUGUCCAAACAUCAAGCCUUUUUAA